AUGGCUACAAGAGAUAUACCCGGAUCAUUUAAUGAGCUAUGCACAGGAUGGGCAAGACGUAUACCAGGUGAGAUAACGUUUUUGAACCCAAAUUCUAUUGAGGAGAAAGAGCACGACCAUUUACCUGAUUUGGGAGUUCCUUCAUCAUCAAUAUCAUCAGAUGAAGAAUAUGUAGAAACAAAAGUUAGAGCAAAAAAUUUAUGGCCUGCAUUUGCCUCUGGUGCCGGGUUGUUUUCCGAUGGGUAUGUCAAUAACGGUAUUAGUACUGUUUUAUCAGCAUUGAAGAGGAUUUAUGGUGAUGAAUUUACCAAGUCCAAUGCUAUCAAUAAUAUUGGAUCUAUUGCUUUUGUAGGUACUGUUGUUGGACAGUUAUCUUUUGGUUAUAUAUCUGACCGUAUUGCUAGAAAAGGAGGUAUGAUGGCCGCUAACAUAAUGUUGAUUGUGUUUACUUUGCUAUGUGCUGUGGGAUCAUGGGGUGUGACUGUCCAAGGUUUCUUUGCAUGCUUUACUGUAUGGCGGUUUUUCCUUGGUGUAGCUAUAGGUGCCGAGUACCCAACAUCGUCUGUGAUAGCUUCUGAGUUUGCCAAUCAAUUACCAUCGGGCCAAAGAAAUAGAUACUUUAGUUGGUUUACCAAUUUAAUGAUUGACACGGGUUUUGUUAUGUCUGCUUUUGUUCCCUUUGUCUUGAUUUGGAUCUUUACAGAAAGACAUUUACGUGCAUUAUGGAGAGUCUCAAUUGGUCUUGGAGUCAUUCCACCAUUAUCCCUAUUCCUCAUUCGAUUGAAAAUGAAAGAUUCCAAGUCUUUCCAAAAAUUACACAUGAAAAAAGUGCGGUAUAGAGAUUAUCCAUGGUGGUUGAUAGUGAAGUUCUACUGGUUUAGAUUAACUGUUGUCUCACUUAUUUGGUUUAUUUACGACUUUUCGGCUUAUUCGUUUGGUUCUUUCAACGCUAUUAUCAUUGACGAAAUUAUUCCAGAAGCUCCAAUGUGGAAACAAUUGGGUUGGUCAGUAGUUUUUAAUUUAUUUUAUAUCCCCGGCGCUUUCCUUGGUGCCCUUGCCGCUGAUUACAUCGGACCAAGAUUAACUUUAGUUUUUGGUGUUGGAUGUCAAGGGGUGAUUGGGUUUGCCAUGUCUGCUUGUUUGGGGAGCUUAAAGAAACAUAUCGCAGGGUUUGUUGUUGUGUUUGGCGUUUUUUCAACUUUUGGUGAGUUUGGACCGGGUGAUAAUAUUGGCUUAUUAGCUUCUAAAACAUCUGCCACUGCUAUUAGAGGUCAAUAUUAUGGUAUUGCAGCUGCUAUUGGUAAGAUUGGCGCAUUUGUGGGAGCUUGGGUAUUCCCGGCCAUCCAAAAGAAAUAUGACUCUGAGACAAAUCCAGAUUUAAAGUUACAAGUUCCAUUUUAUAUCAGUUCAGGUCUCUGUUUAUUUAGUGCUUGCUUGGCAUUGUUUUUCUUACCUCACGUUGGCCAGGAUGCUAUUAACAGCGAAGAUAACGAUUUUGUUGAUUAUUUGAAAGACAAAGGAUUCGAUAUUACCCUUUUGGGCGAACUCGGUCAAGUAAAAAGUCAUGGAAGCACUACUGAAGAAGAAGAAAUAGAUAGCUUAAAGAGACAAAAAAGCGACGAUUACAAUAUUGAACAAAAAUCUUUAUAA